AAACGUAACCAUCAACCAAUGAGAAGUGGCUGUGGGUGAGGCCAGCUUGGUGCCUGCAGAGUUGUGUUUUGUCCCAAAGUUUACGAGUUACGUGGAUUUAGUUAUUCUUAGAUCGGCUUCCUUUUACUGUUUGUUUCUGUUUAUGUGUUGUGUAUUAUUACUAAUGAACAACAGCACAAACUGGUAGGAAAGACUGACUUAUGGAUUUGAAUGAGAAUUGCAUUGGAGAAUCUACAUCUUCUCCUGGCGCCAGUUGUGGUAGAUGCAUCCUUAACUUUGUCAACAUUUUAAGUAUCUGCUGAGAGUAGUCUGCGUCGCCCUAAUCUAAAUGACACAGCUGUGUCAGGACAGCAGCCUCUGCUGAACUUAGUAGUUACACAAUUUGUUUUAUAUACACGUGUACAAUACAUAAAUGCAAUAGUGUAUUGCUUCUUUAUUUGAGACUUUCAGGUAUUUAUUUCCACAAAUUUGAAUGUUGUUUGCGUUCACUGGAAAUAAUUCCAUCCGAAUACUGGAGUGACAAAACUAUGUCACCUUACCCGGGUGUUGUCUUUAGAUGCUCUUUUUUUAAACGUGGAUGACUGUGGCGCAAAGGAAGCAUUUAAUUAUCGUUUAGCUGUGAAAGAACGGACACAGUUAAGCUGAAGACAGUGACUGUUGUGCAGUCGUAAACAUACAUUGUUCAGUAAUGUGAACUUAGAAAAAGCAGCCGUAGGAAAACGUCGGCUUCAAGUGGUUACACUGCUCAAGGGUUUUGUGUGAAAUGUUACUAUGUCUGUAGGAUGUAAAGCAAGAUAAUGUAAGUUCGGGCUAAUUUGCAAAGUCUCCUGGACAGAGAACAUGGCUCUGACUUUAACUGAUAAGGAUGAUGAUGUCCCUCUGAUACUCACUGUAGAAGGAGAUGACAGCAUUCAUCUGGCACCAGAUGAAGAACCUGAGCAAAGAACACCAAAUGAAAAUGGAGGGGGUUACGACAUCAUUAACAGUGCCCCAGUCCCCACUGCAGGCGUGCAGGACUAUAGAGCACAACACAGCUCCCAUAAACACAGCUGGGAUAUGAACUACCAGGAGGCAGCCAUAUACCUACAGGAAGGAAUAAACAAUGACAAGUUUUUUACACAUCCAAAGAACACAAGAGCACUGGCUGCAUACCUUUUUGCACACAAUCAUCUUUUCUAUAUUAUGGAGCUGCUGACAGGCCUUGUGCUGUUAAUGCUUUCCCUGUGUGAGGCACCUGCGGUACCCUACCUCCGACUGGAUAUUUAUGUCCAUGCUACCCUAGAGAUAUUCACCCUUGUAAUGGUGGUGUUUGAACUUGCUAUGAAGAUGCGAUGGCUAGGCUUCCACACAUUCAUCAGACACAAAAGGACAAUGCUAAAGGCCUUUGUUUUAUUGGUUCAGUUUGUGGAGGCAAUAGUAGUGCUUGUGCGACAGACUUCACAUGUCAGAAUCACAAGGGCAUUACGUCCUAUCUUCCUGGUGGAUUGCAGAUACAGUGGUGCUGUUAGGAGGAAUCUACGUCAGAUCUUUCAGUCUCUUCCACCUUUUAUCGAUAUUUUGGUUCUACUCUUGUUCUUCAUGGUUAUAUUCUCCAUUUUAGGGUUUUACUUGUUCUCGCCAAAUGUGUCAGAUCCAUAUUUCAACAAUUUGGAAAACAGCCUUGUCAGUUUGUUUGUUCUUCUGACAACUGCAAAUUUUCCAGAUGUUAUGAUGCCUGCCUACUCCCAAAAUCGUGCAUCUUGUGUGUUCUUCAUUGUGUACCUCUCGAUAGAACUUUACUUCAUCAUGAAUUUGCUUCUCGCUGUGGUUUUUGACACAUUCAGUGACAUAGAGAAGAGGAAAUUUAAGUCUCUUCUUCUGCAUAAGAGGUCAGCUGUUGAACAUGCAUUCCAACUCCUUAUCAACCAGCAGAGGCCUUAUGGUAUUUCUUUCAAGCACUUUGAAGGACUGAUGAGGUUUUAUAAACCUAGAAUGAAUGCAAGAGAACGGCUUCUCACUUUUAAAACUAUGAACAAGAGCAAUACUCGGUUACUCAGUUUGAAGGACUUCUACAACUUCUAUGACAUUGUUGGUUUAAAGUGGAAAGCUAAGAGAAGCCGAGAACAUUGGUUUGAUGAUCUUCCAAAUACAGCAUUUCUUAUUUUUAAAGGGAUCAACAUGCUUGCAAAAUCAAAGGCAUUCCAGUUUGCAAUGUAUUUUGUGAUUGCUGUAAAUGGUUUCUGGAUGUUGAUCGAAACAUUCAUGAUGAAAGAAGGUAAUUUCUUCUCAAGAAAUGUGCCUUGGAGCUACAUUGUCUUCUUAACAAUUUAUGGAGUGGAGCUACUUCUGAAAAUUACUGGCCUAGGACCUAUCCGAUAUUUCCGCUCUGGAUGGAACAUAUUUGAUUUUUCUGUGACAUUGUUUGCUUUUUUGGGCCUUCUUGUUUUGGCAUUUGACAUGGAGCCAUUCUACUUCAUUGUGGUGCUACGUCCUCUGCAGCUGCUCAGGUUGUUCAAACUAAAGCAGAGAUAUAGGAAUGUCCUUGAUACAAUGUUUGAGUUGCUUCCAAGAAUGGCCAGCUUAGGGUUGACCCUCCUCAUAUUCUACUAUUCCUUUGCAAUCGUGGGAAUGGAAUUCUUUGCUGGGGUUCUUCAUCCUAACUGCUGCAAUACGAGCACUGUAGCUGAAUCCUAUCGCUUGGUGAACCGCACAGUUGGCAACCAAACCUUCAUUAGUGAAGGCUACUAUUACCUGAAUAACUUUGAUAACAUUCUUAAUAGUUUUGUUACCCUGUUUGAACUCUCAGUUGUGAACAACUGGUACAUUAUAAUGGAAGGUGUGACUUCCCAGACCUCCCACUGGAGUCGCCUCUAUUUCAUGACAUUUUACAUUGUAACAAUGGUUGUGAUGACCAUCAUAGUGGCUUUCAUUCUUGAGGCGUUUGUCUUCCGUAUGAAUUACAGUCGGAAAAACAAAGAUGCUGAAGAUGACAAAGGUAUAACAUUUGAGAUAGAGAUUUUGAAGGAGGAGGUUGAGGCUUUGCUAGAAAUAUACAAGCAGAAUGUUGCUCCCACGUCAUGGACUUCUAGCCUUCAGAAGCUGUGUGCAGCUAUGGACAGAAAUAGGCAAACGGGCAUGAAAUUUAUUGGUAGAAGAUCGAGGACCAAGAGUGAUCUAAGUAUAAAGAUGUAUGAAGAGGAGAUCCAGGAAUGGUAUGAGGAACAUGCUCAUAAACAAAGGCAGCAGCACCAGGAAAGAGCGUUGGAAGAUUUCCCUCCUACCCGGAAUACCGCACCUCCUACCAGAGAGCUUCGACAGCGUUCCCAGACUGUAAUUUAGAGUGACUUCAAGAAUGCAGUUUUGUACUAUGCAAUUGUGUUUUAUUUUGUUCUUAAUUUUUGACUGUAGCCUAUACAUCUCUGCUCAGUGGAGCUUUAUAAGAACUGGAAAAUGUGCAGAUCGCUGCCACUAAUAUGCUCAGUUGAAAGGAAAGCAGAGUGUUAAAUCUUGUGGAACACUACAUACUGGCAUCAUAAAUUAUGUAACAUAACCUUGGGAAGGUGGAUAAUGCACCUUGUUCUAGCUUAGCUAUGAAUUAUUAACUCAAUGUUUUCCAUUCAGUAAAGAGCAGCAAGCAGAAUCAGCUUGUGGUCUGUGUUGCUGAGAAAGAGCAUAUUUCUUUUUAGAGCUUUAUGAUGCUGUUGAAGAGAUUAUUUUCAUACACUUUGGAACUGAAUGAAGAGGACAUUUUGUGUAUAUUUUUGGGUUAUGUAGUUUCUGUACUCAUGUUAACACCAAAUGUGCGGUGAAGGUUGGCCUAGGUUAUACAGGCAUACUGUUGAAAACUUUCAUGUUGCCUUGAAAAUGUAAGCACCACUUUGAGUUUCCAAUAUCCUUAUAAGUCAUUCAGCUGCUGUUCAGUGUAGUAGUAUUGAAUUAUGGUAAUUCAUUACAAAUCUAUAAAGGCUGUAACAUAUUCAAUUUUCAUGAAGAGUUGUGCACUGUGCUUAUCAGGAAAGCAAAUGGACUGGCUGCGAUCCAAAGAUUUGUACUUAACAGUGCAUGUUGGUGUAACACUGGAGUUUGCACAAUAAAAAUCAGAUGAGUAGCUCUAAGGUUGCUCUGAAAGUGGUCCUAAAGUUGAAGAAGAGAGCUGACAAGAUGAAUGCCUUUCAUUCUGGGGUUUUAAGUAAACAUUAGUGCUUGGCAGGGAGAUCAGCUAUUUUAGGGAAAUAGAAUACCCAUGGGGGAAUUGUGGCCUAAUGCUGCAGGGAGAGCACCUCCUCACCCCUUGAAGGUCCAUUAUUAUCAAUAAUGCCCACCCUGUAGAGUAUUAUUGAACUUCCAAGAUAUUAACAGUAUUGCUUUAGUUGUUGUAAAACAUUUUUUAUUCUAUUGGAAAUUAUUUUAUUAACAUUUUCCAAGUUUGGGAGAAAAUAGUACAUACGAAAACAGGCUAAUUGGAAAACAGACUUUUUAAGGCAGCAUCAUUCUCUACCAACAGUCUUGGCAUAUAUGAUUGACAGUGCUUUUUUACUGAACUGUGUAAGGAAAGAGUGCAUACAUUACAUACAAAAUAUGUGGCUAGAGAACACAUAUAUUAAGAAAAAAGUCAAUUGUCAAGCUUUAAUAAAUGGAGAGCAAAAAUGUAUUUCAUCUAUGUGGGGAUGUCAGAAUUUUUAUUACCACAAGUCUUAGAGUCAAUUACCUUGGUCCUGUGGUGGAAAUGGAGUUAUAUGGUGCUGUAGUGUUAAACCAUGCAUGAGGUCAGAUUUUUUUUAUAAAAAUGCUGUCUUCACUGGCUGGAGCAUUUUGUGAGAGAGUCAGAAGAGGGAAGGAAGCUACACACAGGCUGCACUUCAUCAGUGCCAUAAAAACUUUAAGCCAACAAGUUUUAGUCUGACAGAAAGGAAAACAGGCUUGUUAUUGUGAAGGAAUUUUCAGAUUGUGUCAUAUAGAACUUGUAAAUUAGAUGCAUAUUCUGUUAGUAGGUGGCAGAUACUGACAAAAAUAAGGUAUAGCAAUUCAGACUAAACUGCUGUUAUUUUUGCUGGCUGUUGAUUGUGUUUAUCUGUGGUACUUUACAAACUGUAUAAGAAGAUCCAUUCUCUGCCUUUAUCCAUCACUGGCAAGUAUCUGUCACUGCAUCACUGCUGCAGCUUACUUAAGUUGCCCCUUGGCUGUUUAUCAGGCACACAAGCUGUACUUGAUAUUUUCAUUUAAGUCUGCAUACUCUGUGCAUAAUACUGUAUACAUUUUUUAAUGUGCUUGGUGAUACGUGCAGUAGAACUGGAGUUAGCAUCUUUAUUGCAGUCAUCCUUUUUUUUACUGUUUGUAUAAUACGAAAAUGUAGCUUUAACAUGUACAUUGGGCUGACACAAUCAUCUUCUUCUUUCGGCUUUUUCCCGGUUAGGGGUCGCCACAGCGGAUCAUCUGUCCGCUCAUGAUUGGCAGUAGAGUUUUACAGUGCCGAGUUGCCAGCCCGACG